AGGCUUCCAGAUUUUAGGAUAAAAGCAUUAAAAUACACAGAGACACACCAUGUCCACCCACCAUUCCUAGCAGUACAAUCUGAUCUUUAACCCACGCUGCACAAUUAAUUCGAUGAAAUAAACCCUCCAAUUUGUGCAAUCGACCUUUAUCAAGGACACAUUGGUAAAGUCAGCCAACCCAACCCAACCCAACACAACCCAAUCUUGUGUAUAAAUAAGGGACUCCAAUCAAACACUUGACCACACCCCAUACUAGUCGCAAAAAUGAUUGAAGGUUUGGUUUCUGUUGCAUUUGUGGCUCUAGUCAUAUCCCACUUCUCAGUCCAUGGUGUAGCAAAGAGAGCACCGAAUCCAACCCAAGAGUACCUAGACGCGCACAACCAAGCAAGAGCCCAAGUGGGGGUGGGUCCUCUCCAAUGGAGUGAGCAGCUGGCCCAUGAGACGAGCCUAUUGGUUCGUUAUCAAAGAGAUAACCAAGGUUGCGAAUUUGCAAACCUGAAGAGAGGUCAAUAUGGAGCGAACCAGCUUCGGGUAGGCGGAGGGAUAAUGAGCCCGCGCCUGGUGGUGGAGUCGUGGGUGGAACAGAAGAAGUACUACAACCAUCCUGCCAACUCGUGUGCGCAAAAUCAUACGUGUGGGUCAUACACACAGGUAGUGUGGAGGAAGUCGCUGGAGUUGGGGUGUGCGAUGGCUGUAUGCGGGAAUGUCACUGCCAGUUUGACCGUAUGUUUCUACAAUCCUCCUGGAAAUUACUACGGGCAGAGCCCCUACUAGGAGAUAAUCAUAUAUAUAUAUAUAUAUAUAUAUAUGAUCAUAGGGGAGAGCCCCUAACUCUCUCCCCUUGGAUAGUAACAUAUUUUAAAUAAUUCUGUCUUCAAAUGCCAUGCCAUAUAUAUGUAUAUACAUAUAUGAUGGCCAGUUAAACUAUAUGAUUAUAGAAGAGAACCCUUAUCCUAUAAUAUUGCAUGUAUACAAAUAUGUUGGACAAACAAGCCAAAGAAUGAUAGAUAAGCAAUAAACUAGCCUAAGGAUCAUGCUUGUAAUGUGCUUCUCUGGUUAGCCUGGUAUUCACAAGGUAAUUCAUAAAAGAUUAAUGGUCAUAUAUUCUAUAAUAUUUCAACAAUCACAUGACAA